GGGAGGGAAUCUGAUCAACGGAUGCGACAUCCGCCUGCAAUCGUUUCUUGCUCGAGAUAGGCAGCGCUUUUUCCCAUUCCAGUUUUGGUACUUGGGGGCGACCCUGCGAGACACAGCCGCGUGUCACCGAUCCAGAGAUGGGCGCUACUUCCAGAAUGAUGUGGAUACUGGCUGGCGUCAGGGCUGCCCCGGUGGGGGCACGUCCGGCCGCAGAGGCGACGGCGCCCGAGCCCAACUGCGACGGAAAGUUCAAGAUUACGGGCCACCAUGGCGGCGACCAGAUCCUGAUACCAACCGGCUGGAAGAAUGACGGGUACGCGGAGGUCGCGGUUGAGAAGAAUGCGUUGGUUCCUCAGAUGGGCGCCCGAGCGUACUUCGCGGACACGUGCACAGCAGGCAAGUACAAUAACACUGACUAUCACAGAGGACGAACCUGCUAGGAAAGACGCUGAAAUUCUCGACCGAUCUCGAGCCGGCUGUGGAUGUAACGCAGCCUUCUACCUGACGUCGAUGGGGCACAACAAGCACGUCUCAGAGUGUUUCGACCACUACUGUGACGCGAACAACGUUUGAGAAUCCUGCGCCGAAAUCGACCUCAUGGAGGCCAACCAGCACGCCUGGCACUCCACGCUGCACACGGCGACCGACACCGACGGGGCCGCGUCCGGAUUUGGGGGUGGCGGCAGUGGCUGGAAUGGUCCUCGCAAUUGGACAGAGAAGGAGUAUGGCAUCGGCGGAAGCUGUAUCGAUUUAGAGCCGUUUGAUGUCGCCGUGUCCUUCCCUAUCGACAGGCACGGCACGCUCGUCGCCAUGCAGGUCUCCUUGUCCCAGAAGAAGCACAAGUGCCAGCUCCAGGCCCGUGUUGACAAUUACGCGGGUGGCAUGAAGGAGAUCUUUCUGACCCACGCGCUUCUGGACGGCAUGACCCCCAUCGUCAGCUACUGGGCGGACGACGACAUGCUCUGGA